UUCCCUCUCUCCCACGGGGUUCUCUUUGCCCGUCAGCGGCCAAAGACAGAUCCAACUAGGGUCUGAGGUUCGUCUCCUUAUCACAUUUCCAAACAGGGCCGACUAUCUGCUUUGGAGAAGAGAUGGACUUUUUUUAAAAGGAAAAAUGCGGAAGCAGACGAUUGAAGGGAUACACUGUGCUCAGCUAAUUUUCGCGCGCUUUGUCGCGGGUAGUUGUGGGUAGUGCGCCAGGGAGGGAGAAAGGAACCGCGGCUGCGGAGCGCCUCCCGAGGGCAUGUUCGAGGACGCGCCCCACGCAGAGGGGGCGGCGGUGGUCGCCGCGGCCGGGGAGGCACUGCAGGCCUUGUGCCAGGAGCUGAACCUCGACGAGGAGAGCGCAGCCGAAGCCCUGGAUGAUUUCACCGCUAUCCGGGGCAACUACAGCCUAGAGGGAGAAGUUAUACACUGGUUGGCAUGUUCAUUAUAUGUUGCAUGCCGCAAAAGCAUUAUUCCUACAGUUGGAAGGGGUAUCAUGGAAGGAAACUGUGUGUCACUCACCAGAAUACUACGUUCAGCUAAAUUAAGUUUAAUACAGUUUUUUAGUAAAAUGAAGAAGUGGAUGGACAUGUUAAAUCUGCCGCAAGAAUUUCGUGAACGUAUAGAAAGGCUAGAGAGAAAUUUUGAAGUAUCUACUGUAAUUUUUAAAAAAUUUGAGCCAAUUUUUUUAGAUAUAUUUCAAAAUCCAUUUGAAGAGCUACCAAAAUUACCAAGAAGUAGGAAACAGAGGAGGAUUCCUUGCAGUGUUAAGGAUCUCUUUAAUUUCUGUUGGACACUGUUUGUUUACACUAAGGGUAAUUUUCGUAUGAUUGGGGAUGAUUUAGUAAACUCUUAUCAUUUACUUCUGUGCUGCUUGGAUCUUGUUUUUGCUAAUGCCAUAAUGUGCCCAAAUAGACAAGACUUGCUGAAUCCAUCAUUUAAAGGUUUGCCAUCUGAUUUCCAUACUGCUGACUUUAGGGCUUCUGAAGAGCCUCCCUGCAUCAUUGCUAUACUGUGUGAACUGCAUGAUGGACUUCUAAUAGAAGCAAAAGGGAUAAAGGAGCACUACUUUAAACCAUAUAUUGCAAAACUUUUUGAUAGGAAGGUUUUAAAAGGAGAAUGCCUCCUUGACCUCUCCAGUUUUACUGAUAAUAGCAAAGCAGUGAACAAGGAGUAUGAAGAAUAUGUUCUAACUGUUGGUGACUUUGAUGAGAGGAUCUUUUUGGGAGCAGAUGCAGAAGAGGAAAUUGGAACGCCACGAAAAUUCACUGGUGACACCCCAUUAGGAAAACUGACAGCGCAAACUAAUGUGGAGUGUAACCUUCAACAGCAUUUCGAAAAAAAAAGAUCAUUUGCACCUUCUACCCCACUGACAGGAAGAGGAUAUUUACGAGAAAAAGAAACAGUCAUUACUCCUGUUGCUUCAGCCACCCAAAGUGUGAGCCGUUUACAGACUAUUGUGGCUGGACUGAAAAAUGCACCAAGUAAACAACUUACAAAUAUUUUUGAAUCUUGUAUGCGGAAUCCUAUGGAAAACAUUAUGAAAAUAGUGAAAGGAAUUGGAGAGACUUUCUGCCAACGCUAUACUCAAUCAACAGAUGAGCAGCCUGGAUCUCACAUAGACUUUGCUAUAAACAGAUUAAAAUUGGCAGAAAUUUUGUAUUAUAAAAUACUAGAGACUGUAAUGGCUCAGGAAGCACGAAGACUUCAUGGAAUGGACAUGUCAGUUCUUUUAGAGCAAGAUAUAUUUCAUCGUUCUUUGAUGGCUUGUUGUUUAGAAAUUGUGCUUUUUGCCUAUAGUUCACCACGUACUUUUCCUUGGAUUAUUGAAAUUCUCAACUUACAGCCAUUUUAUUUUUAUAAGGUUAUUGAGGUGGUGAUUCGCUCAGAGGAGGGACUCUCCAGGGACAUGGUGAAACACCUGAACAGCAUUGAAGAACAGAUUUUAGAGAGUUUAGCAUGGAGUCACAAUUCUGCUCUGUGGGAAGCUCUCUUGGCUUCUGGAAACAAAAUCCCUACCUGUGAAGAAGUUAUAUUUCCAAAUAACUUUGAAACAGGAAAUGGAGGAAAUGUACAGGGACAUCUUCCCAUGAUGCCAAUGUCUCCUAUAAUCCAUCCAAGAGUCAAGGAAGUUCGGACAGACAGUGGGGGUCUUCGAAGGGAUAUACAACCACUGUCUCCAAUUUCUGUCCAUGAACGCUACAGUUCUCCAACUGCUGGGAGUGCUAAGAGAAGACUUUUUGGAGAGGAUCCCCCAAAAGAAAUGCUUAUGGACAAGAUUAUAACAGAAGGGACAAAAUUGAAAAUUGCUCCUUCAAGCAUCAUUGUUGAAAAUAUAUCAGUUUCACCUGGGCAAAUUCUAACAAUGUCCACAGCCACAGUAGCAGGGACAACGGGACACAAAGUUACAGUUCCAUUGCAUGGUGUUGCAAAUGAUUCAGGGGAGAUCACACUGAUUCCUAUUUCCAUGAAUACAAGUCAAGAGCCCAAAAUUGAGAGUCCUGUGUCACUCACUGCACAGUCAUUAACUAGUGCUUCUCCAAAACAAACCUAUUUGAUUAAAACACAAGAGAUUCAUCUGACUGGAAUAAACAAACCAAAGAGAACUGGGUCUUUAGCACUAUUUUACAGAAAGGUCUAUCAUUUGGCAAGUGUACGCUUACGUGAUUUAUGUUUAAAACUGGAUGUUUCGAAUGAAUUACGAAGGAAGAUAUGGACAUGUUUUGAAUUCACUUUAGUUCACUGCCCUGAUUUAAUGAAAGACAGGCAUUUGGAUCAGCUCCUCCUUUGUGCCUUUUACAUCAUGGCAAAGGUAACAAAAGAAGAAAGAACUUUUCAAGAAAUAAUGAAAAGUUAUAGGAAUCAGCCCCAAGCUAAUAGUCACGUAUAUAGAAGCGUUCUGUUGAAAAGUAUUCCAAGAGAAAUUGUGACAUAUAAUAAUGAUAUAAGUGAUGAUUUUGAAAUGACAGAUGGUGACUUGGAAGAGGCCACAAAAACAACUGACUGUUCUAGUGGACCAGUGAAAGAAGAAAGAGGCGACCUUAUCAAAUUUUACAAUACAAUAUAUGUAGGAAGAGUGAAGUCAUUUGCAUUAAAAUAUGACUUAUCAAAUCAGGACCAUGUGGUGGAUGCUCCACCACUAUCUCCUUUUCCACAUAUUAAGCAACAGCCAGGCUCACCGCGCCGCAUUUCCCAGCAGCACUCCAUUUAUGUUUCCCCACACAAGAAUGGAUCGGGCCUUACACCGAGGAGUGCUCUACUGUACAAGUUCAACGGCAGCCCUUCUAAGAGUUUGAAAGAUAUCAAUAACAUGAUAAGGCAAGGUGAUCAGCGAACCAAGAAGCGUGCAAUAGCCAUCAGCGGAGAUGCAGAAUCACCUGCCAAACGCCUCUGCCAAGAAAAUGAUGAUGUUUUGCUUAAACGACUACAGGAUGUUGUCAGUGAAAGAGCAAACCAUUAACAUUAUUCCUGUUUCUGAUAAAAGCACUUUCAGGUUCUGUAAAAAGUUGGGGCUCUGUCCUUUAAACCUUUCUGCUCCAUAGAUGGUAAAUAUCACUGGGUUAUAUGAACAAUUGCACCAGAAUUAAGGGUUUUGGUUUUUUUUUUUGCAUUUGUUCAAAAUGUAGUUGGCAAGUGUAUUUUGAGUUGGAUUAGAAAGGAAUUUUUAAGUGCCUUUAUAAAUUCUAAUAGUGAUAGGAUUUUUAAGUGUUUGUUCCUUGGGUUUUUAAAAUGAAUUAAGAAUAAACAUCAUUUUUCAGCUCUCUGUUAAAAAUAAAUCUUUCCUUCUAUGCUUUGUAAUAUGAAGGUAAAUAAUCUAAUUUUAGUAAGUAUGGUUGAAGGUAUUUGUAUUUUCAAUUUGAUAUUGAAGUUAGGGGUUAGUUCCUGUAGUACAUGGGCCAAGGGUGAUGCACCAGUCUAUGCCUGGUCCGCUGUGGUAACUCCGCAUCCAGGUGCCACUACCAUUUUGGGUUGUUUGGAUCCCUUGUGCUCUUCCUCUCCUUGAGCAUGAUAAGUAUCUUUGUACCUGAGCCCUGCACUGCCCUGCUCCUUGCUCUCCAGUCCUGAGCCUCUUAGCCUCGUAUUAUAACCAGUGAAAGAGUACUUACUCCUUUUCUAAGCUACUGUCGUUUUUUUUUUUCAUGAUAUUAACUUAAUUAUAUAUGAUUGUUAUAUUAAACCAGGCAGUUCUCAGAAUAGGAAGCUGCUUCUCAAGCCAGUAGAACAAAAUUCAGCACUCGGGAGGAUGAGGCAAGAGAAUCACAUUGAGUUCGAGAGCAGCCUGAACUACAUAGUGAGACCCUGUCUCAAGAAAAGAAAAAAACUAAAUGUCCUUAGUAAGGUAGCACCAUAGUAGUGUGUGAUAUACCACUUUUUAGGUUAUCAUGAAAUCAGUCAUUCUUACUAAUUCCCUGAGAAUAUUUGAAACCUUUUUCAAAACUACAUUAAAAUAGGUGUAACAGCUUCUUAUUACUUCCUCUCUUUGUUCUGAGUAUUAUUAGUGUGUCAUGAGUUUCCCAUUGAAGUUUGACCACCGGGUCACCCUCAAGAUGUUUUCCGGUGUAGCUUUCCAAAGAAUCAUCUCUUCAUCAUUCACUUUUUCUAGUGUUUUUCCAAAAUCUGGAAGGACAUGGAUAAGCCAUUCUUUUUUUUUUUUUAAGCCAUUCUUAAUUAAUUUUGAAAUGUCAUCAGUAUAUACUUUUUAACUGUGACCUUUUUUUUUUGGUACCAGGGAUUGAACUUGGGUCCUUGCGCUUGCGCAGCAGGCGGCGAAACCACUGAGCUAAAUCCCUGGCCCUGUAAACCUUAUUUUUUUAAAUGCAUAAUGUUGCCAGGCAAGGUGGUGCGUGCCUGUAAUCCCAGCACCCAAGAGGCUGAGUCAGGAGAAUCAAGAGUUUGAGGACAGCCUGUACUACAGAUUGAGAACCUGUCUGCAGCACAUGCACACACCACAAGCAUAAUGUUGGGGCUGAGAGUAUAGCUUAGUAAAUAGAGUGCUCAUCUAGCAUUCUCUAGGCCAUGGGUUCUAGCCCCAACAGUGCCAAAAAAAAAAAAAAAGUAUAAUGUUUACCUAAUUGGAAUUAUUCCAAGACUUGGCUGUCAAUUGUGAUUAGUAUUAUCAAGUUUUUAUUUUUAAGUUUUAAAAAGAAAAGGGAUUUUGGUCACAUUUUUCUGAAAAUUACAUCCUUAUUUUUUGUGUAGUAUCUACACAUAAUGUUGUAAGCCAAAUAACAAAGUCUGUCUUGAAUCUUUGUACAUAUUUUUAUGUAGCUAUAACUAUUGUAUCAUCUUAUUUUCACUAUUAAUGUUCAAAAUAUAAAUGAGUAUUUGUAUGUUCACUAUGUAAGAGAUUCUUGAUGUUUUUAAUAAUUUUUACGACUUGGUAUUGGUGUACAUAAAAUAGUUAAUAAAAAUUGGAUUAUUGAA